AUGGCUGGUGUUGGCAAUUCCAGUGAUUUAAAGGAACCGAAGAUAGAGACUGAUUCAGAAGACGAGGCAGAGAUAGAGGCCUCACCUAGAGGUUCCUUCUUGUACAAGGGAAAACUACUCCGACCUGCCUUAUCGUACCGCGAUCCGGAAUGUGACACACAGCGAGAUCUCUUUUACAAACAAUUGGCAGAUAGCGAGGGUUUUGAUGUGGAGUGGGACCGUUUUGACUACUUGUUCAAUGUCGUGAAUUUUGACUGGAAACCAUUUAUAGAUGAUAAACGGAGCAAUGAGGAGGUGAUGGAAAUGCUCAUUCAGGCAGCCGUUAAAGAACACGAUGAAGAAAAUGACACGAAACUUGAGUCUGCCAAGUAUGUGAGUGCAAAUAUUGUUAGUAUUAAGGGCUUUCUGUAUUUUAUAACAUUUCGGGCGACGGAUGCUCUCUCAUCAGAUCAAGAGCCUAAACUUUACCAAGCAAAGGUGUCCCAGUAUUGUGAGGAGAUUACGGUCCUUAUGGUCAGGCUAAAGCCCACGCAGUAA